GAAGAACACAAGCGACUACCUGGAUUCACAUGAGGAUAGGCAGGACUACGAAGAGGAAGUGAUCAUCACCACGACAACUAAGCGGUACAACACACCGAGGGGCGGAGUCAUCAUCGACAACACUGCAUCCUCGCGCAUCUGUCUGGACGGGAUGCUGAUGAUGGCGGUGAUUGUGCACCACUCACUGUGAGAGAAAAGUCAAAGUUUAUGCGCUGGAGCUGCACUGACUUUGUGUCCAGAGGGAGGACACUGACUGAUCUGCGUGGAUUUAUGACAGCAAACAUUUGUAUGUGUGAAUAAAAGCACACCAGAUAUCAAGAGGGAACUAAGCCACCUGAGUGUUUGUGUGUGUGUGUGUGUGUGUGUGCGUGAACUGACUCUUUUUUUUAAAUGAUGAUUGUCCUCAUGUUGGCUGGUAAAAUAUUUGAAAAGUUUAUUUUCCUAAUAAGACAAAUGUUGACAUGAGAAGGAGACAUUAAAGACAAUGUGGUCACUUUCAGACGCCGUCCGUUUUUUCCACGCAACAAGUCUAAUGAGGGGUCAGAGGUCAGCCUUUAAUUGUCAUGUGUUGACUCACACACACGCACACAUGCACACACACACACACACGCACAUACAAACACACACACACAGUAUCAACGGAUAAUGAUGGGCGGAGGGGGGUUAGCCUCGGGCCUUUUUGUUUAUUUUAGUGUCUUAAUGAGGAGGUUCUAGAAGUGAACACUACAGGAGUGUUGUGUGUGGGGCCAAGACAGGAAGUCGUCUCUUAUCAAAUGUGACAACUCCUUGUUGUGUUUUUUUUUACAUUUAUUUUGGUGCUGAAUAAUUUGACCGAGUCUCAUUUUUCUUACGGAGGUCAAAACGUCCUCCUUUCAUGUCAUGAGUAAUGGGCACUCGGGAGAUGUCGUCCUCGACCUCCACUUAAAAAAGUGAAGGUCGAGGACGGCAUCGCCAAAGUCUUUCUUUCUCUUGUUUUAUCUUUGCAUGAACGUCCAAUGAUCACCGGCGUCCCACACGAUUGGUCCAAGCUAAUUAAAACAAAACAGUGUGAUUGGCUGACUAUUGAUCCUCCUUUCUUGACUCACACACACACACACACGCACACACGCACACACACACACACACACACACACACAACCGCACGCACGCACGCACGCACGCACGCACGCACGCACACACACACACACACACACACACACACACACACACACACACACACACACACACACACACACACACACACACACACACACACACACCGUGUUUGACCUCUAACCUGUGCGGCAUGUAAACACCUGUUGAAUAUUAAUGAGCGAUGAGUAUCAUCAUCCAUCAGGGGGCAGCGUCCUGAAAACGUGACGAAUGACGGCAGCGGGAGGCGAGCGCAGCUCAUAAAGGCGGCGGAGGGGACCUUUGCCAGGAGCACUUCAGAGCAGCAGCAGCAGAAGAAGAAGAAGAACUAAAAGACGCCAGACGAGACGAAGCACAUCUAGACUUUCUGGUGAUGGAGAGCAUGCGUCUGGUCUUUCUUCUGUCCGUCUGCCUGUCCACGCUGACGUCCUUCUGUCAGGGUCAAAGGUCGGCCGAAGCUCAGGUUCCGGCCGCCGCGUCUGAUGACCCCGUCCUGGGACUGGCCAACAUGGACCUGGUGCAUGUCUUUGGAGGUGAGAGGAAGCCGGAGUACCCGGAGGGAACCAACACGGUCACGGGGAGGACAUGCAAGCUUCACACGAACCCAGGAUCUUCUUAUUGCAGAGGCGCUGCAGGCUUUCGUGGAUGAGGCAGAAAGCAGGGUGGGCCACUCGGUGGAGAAGAAGGCCAGCAUCAUCCCGCGGUGUGAUGUUGGCGAGCGCUGCGCGAUGAAACAUGGGCCCCGAUUUGGCCGACUGUGCGAUUGUCUGCGGGGAGCGGCGUGCAACACCUUCUUCCUGCGCUGCUACUGAGGGCACCUAAAAACAUUCUCGACCCAUUGUUUCAACUCAAAUGUGUCCUUGUUGUCCUUUGUCAAAUAAAUGUUGUUCCCCACUUCCACUGUAAGACACCUAAACGCUCACACAGGACAAUAAACAUGUCCAUUAUGUCUUUGUCUUUGUCCAUUCACCAUGCAGCCGCGUCACUAAUCAACGUGCGGGGUUAUGUCUGGCUUUAGGUACCUUACCUCCAGGCAUGGUCACCCAAAAAGGUACCCCAAAAAGGUCGCAAAUUGCGUCCCUUUGUGUUGCUUGGUUGCGAGAAUAUUUUUGGCAAUCACAAGUUGAUCGUCCAAUCAGAGGCGAGCGCGCUGAGGUCAGCGUCCUACGUUGAAGCUUCUUUUCGUUUCUCAGCUUCACACGCAGGACGCUUAUCAACAGCAUGACAUUUAUUCCUCAGAUAAGAGCUGGUAAUGACACACUCACACACGCACACACGCGUCUUCUAGCUGUGUGUCAUGAAAGGACAACAUGGCCUUUUCACAACAAGACUCCGGAUGGACAAAAUAAAAUUUAAAGGUUGUCCUUUUUCUGUGUUCCUUUGAAGUCAAAUGUUAUAAACAUGAUUUUUAUUUAAUAUAGAGGGACUUAUUUGACUUUUAAAGAUGAAACCAGAAGACAAACAUGAACAUGUAUGGGUUGGGGUUCUAAAUCAUAAUAAAAGUCCAGCCAUCCAUCCAUUUA